AUGUCUCUGCAGCUUCUCAAGCGACCAAUUGCCCUUGUAUCGAAGGCUCCGAUUUCUCAGCUUCGUUUACGAUCUGACCAGGCACAAUCGAACAAUGAUCCUCCUUCGUUUCCCUCUCGAUGGUUCGCUGACCUGCAAGAUCAGCUAAAGAGGUUCACCAGCGAUAGCUACCCAGCUAGCUGUGUUGAAGAAGCCAAGAGACAAUUGGUGUCAAAUGAACAAAAUUGGCUGCAACUCUUGGCAGGACAGCAAGGAUUUCUCACCGAUAAGAGAUGGCGGGGCCUCGAUAACCACCAGCUCCUUUGGGGUGACAUGGAUAGCAUGUCUCAGGGCCAUGUCAACAACGUGAUGUAUAACCGCUAUGUUGAGACUGGACGGGUGCAUUUCAUCCGGCAGCACAGUGAAGAUGCAGCACAGGACCACAAGGCUCAAUGGGACGAUCUGGUAACACCACGCAGCCUUGGUCUUAUUCUCAAAAGCAUCACGACGGAAUACAAAUUUCCUCUUGAGUUCCUAGACCAUAUCACUGUAUUGUACAAGCUGAUCGAAGCUCCUACCAAUGAGUCAACAUCACUUAAGAUGGAAGCUUGGAUUCUAUCAGAACAAUACCGCCGCUUGGCAGCACGAUGUAUCGACGAUACUGCCAUAUAUGACUACACUGCCGCGAAGAAGACGGUCUUGAAGCCAUUCAUGGUAGAUAAGUUUCAGCAAACAUUUAGUAUGCAACAAGCAAACCAGAGGAAGUAUACGGAUCAGGCAAGAAGAGCAAUCCAAGCAGCUGAGGAGCUCCAGAUAAAGUACAAAUAG